AUGGAAGAUAUUUUCAAAUUCCUUUUGGCUUCUUCAUCCUUUGUCUUGGUGUUUGGAUUGGUGUCGAAAUACAUAAAGGAGAAGCUGCUGCUAUCAGAACCUUUGAUUUCGGUGUUAAUCGGAAUAUUCCUUGGCCAUAGCGUGCUAGGCAUUCUGGACAUGGAUAAUGCAUACUCAAAGACAGUCAUGUACAGCUUCUCAAGAGCCAUCCUUUGUAUUCAGACAAUGACUGUGGCAAUGUCUUUGCCUAAAAACUAUGUGAUAGCAAAAUGGCAGUCUGUGUUUGUUCUUGUGGUUAUUGUAGGCAUGGUCAAGUGCAUGCUUUCAUUUGGUUUGAUUUACCUACUGAGUGAAUACAGCAAGCUUAUCUCAUGGUCGAUUGCAUCGUGCUUAACUCCCACAGACCCCAUUUUGAGCUCUAGCAUCAUCCAGGGAAAGGUUGCUGCCAAGCUGGUUCCAGAAAGAAUAAGACUGCUACUCGCUACAGAAAGCGGAAUAAACGACGGAAUGGGCAUUAUCCUUCUGUUUCUCGGGCUGAAUAUUGCUACAAACAACAUUCGCUCGUUCAUUGUUGAUAAUCUGCUCCUCAAGGUAUUUGUUUCUGCAGCAGUGGGUCUUUUGGCUGGGAUUGCUUCAAGACAGGCAUUGAGAUACUGUUACACUUGGAAGCUGGUGGGCAUGGAGUCCUUCUUCGUGCAUACUAUUGUUCUGACAGUAUUCUCCAUGUCGUUCAUGGAAUUUAUUGGAGGAAGCGAGCUAAUAUGCAUAUUCUUUGCUGGAAUAAUGUUUUCUUUUGAUGAGUGGUUUAUACUGGAGAUCAAGAAUUCCAACCUACAGGAAAUCACAGACACAAUUCUAAGUACGUCAUUCUUCAUGUUCUUUGGAUCCAGGAUAUACUUUGAAAAAUUCACUGUAUUUAAUGUAGGCAUUUCGUUGGUUGUUAUAUUUAUCAGAAGGCCUCUUGCUUGCAUGAUACUGUACAAGUGCAUUCCUGAGCUUAAAUCUCUGAAAGAGGCUUUGUUUGUUGGCUGGUUCGGCCCGAUAGGUGUAGGCUCGCUGUAUUAUGCUCUUCUUACCGACAAGAUCCAGAACUCACUUACAAUAGACUUUGUAACCUGCACUGUUUUUAUGAGUGUGAUUAUCCAUGGCAUAACUGUGCCAAUAUAUACAUACAUCAUUACAAAUAAGAUCGAAGGUGCAAAUAUAGACAUUAAUCAUAUGGCUUUAUAG